GCCUGGGGAGUAACCAUGGCAACGGUCCGCGCCGCCGCCUCACGCUGCUGUCCCGGGCCGAGGGGAGGCAGAGAGAGAGAGUGCGAGAGGGUGCCGGCAGCUCCCCCUGUACGCGGCGGCACUCACUCCCGCCGCUACUUCCCCUGCUACCGUUCCCUUAACCCCGUGCUGCGUGUUCGUGUGUCCGUGCGGGAGUGUAACGAUGGUGGUGGUGGCGGCGUGAUCGAGAUGGGAACGGCGUGCAGCUGCGGGAGGAAGGCGCCUGAGGACUCCCCGCACCCUGAGAAGCGCAACGGCCGCGUGUCAGGGAAUGAGGAGACUCAGAACGGGCCAUUAAACAUCUCCGCGAACGGCCAUGUCAGAGAGGAAUCCGCGGCUGGGAGAACUGAAGGAGGAGGAGGAGGAGGAGAAGGCGAAACUCGUGUAGAAAAGGAAUCUCAAAAUGGAGGCGUCGCAGGAGGAAAGGAGAAUGAAAGUAUAGAAUUGAAAGCACAAGAAAGAGAAAAGAGCGUGGAAAAAGAAGAGGGAAAACAAGACAGUCAUAAAGGCGAGGAAGGAAAGAGGGAAAGUGACAAGAACGGUGCAUUAAAUAGUGACUCUGAAGCAUCUGCUGGUACUGCUUCCCCUGCAUCUCCUCCCACUGCCGCCCCUGCUGCUGUCCCUGCCCCGCCCCCUCCUCCUCCUCCUCCUCCACCAGUAGAGGUAGGGGGCGGCAGCGACAGUGCCUCUGAGGAAGAAUUGCUGAGCGUGAUGGCAGGAGAAUUAGCCGCCUUGGUAUCCCGGCUGGAGACUGCCGUGGAGAGGCUGGAGAAGGCGGGGCUCGGGGACAAGGGACAGGGAAGCGCUGCAGGGACUCAAGAGGAGUGCACAGUGCCAUUUGUCCUGGCCUACGAUGACCUGCUGUCAGGCCCCUUCAAGACCUUCUUUGACACCAGCCAGAAGAUUGGUGGAGAUGUGGCAACCAUAACCAACCUGGUGCAGGAAUGCUUCAUCAACCAGCGGGCCUUCCUGGUGAUGGCGUCCAAGAGCCAGCGACCACUAGACACCGAACUACCUCAGGUGCUGGAGCCAACUGGCAAGAAGAUCCAGGCCGUGAUAGCUUUCCGGGAGUCCAACAGGCAGUCCAAGUUUUUCAAUCACCUGUCAGCCAUCUCUGAGUCUAUUUCUGGCCUGUCCUGGGUGGCUGUGGCCCCAGCACCGGCCCCCUAUGUCAAGGAGAUGGGUGAUUCUGCAAUGUUCUAUUCCAACAGAGUCCUUAAAGAUUACAGGGAGAAGGACAAGGUACAUGUGGAGUGGGUACAGAACCUGAACAAUGUGUGGAAGGAACUGCAGGAGUAUGUGAGGAAGUACCACACCACCGGCCUUUCCUGGAACACUCGGGGCGGCAACGCCAUGAACAACCUUAAAGCGGCUCCACCCAACUGUGGGGUGCCUCCUCCCCCACCACCUGGCAUCCCUCCCCCUCCCCCUAUGGUGAAGCUGGAGCCCAAGGCUGUGGCGGCAGACGACGGCCGCUCGGCACUCUUUGCCUCCAUCAACAAAGGGACUGAGAUCACUGCAGGCCUCAAGAAGGUGGGAAGGAAUCCCAAUGCCCGUAAUAGUAGAGUGACUGAUGACAUGAAGACUCACAAGAACCCAAGUCUGCGCGAGGGACCAAAGCCUUUUGUCAAACAGUCUAGUCCCAGCAGCCGUGCUUCUCCUGCCAAGGACGCCUUUGCCGGCACCCCCAAGCUGGCCCUUGAAGGCAAGAAGUGGUUCGUUGAGUACCAGAAAGACAACCAGAACAUUAAGAUUGAUGCCAAGAUGGAUCAGAGUGUGUACAUCUUCAAGUGCCAGAAUAUUGUAGUUCAAGUUAAGGGUAAGCUAAACUCCAUCAUCUUAGAUUCCUGCAAAAAGUCUGCUGUGGUAUUUGAAGACUUGGUGUCUGCACUUGAGGUGGUCAACUGCCAGUCAUCCAAAGUGCAGGUGAUGGGAGUGAUGCCAACCAUCUCCAUCGAGAAGACGGACGGGUGCCAAGUGUUCCUCAGCAAAGCUUCCCUCAACACAGAGAUUGUCACAGCCAAGUCUUCAGAGAUGAACAUCAUGGUCCCCAAGCCUGACGGGGAGUUUGCUGAGCUGGCCAUCCCAGAGCAGUUCCUGACCAAGGUCAACGGACUGUCCCUCACCACCACCUGCACCGAGUCCUGCUAGGAGGCUGGCUGCUGCCACCACCAACACUCCAGGUGUCUUUGCUGGUGCAGACUGAAGUGUCCAUAAGGUCCUCAGUGACAUGCAAUUUAUUGCUCUAGUGGUUUGAUGCAGAAAGAUGCUCAUUUGCUGAAUGUUUCAUAGUUUUUAAUUCAUGUCAGUAUGAGUAACUCAGUUUAUGACCACAGUGUUUGAGUGCAUCAGUAGUGAACGUGGUUCAGUGCUACUGGUUAUAAACGUCAAUUGUUUUGGGUUGCAUUGAUGCACUCAUUGCCUUCUAUGAGCCGAGGCAAGUUGGUACAUACUGUAAAAAUAACCAUACUAUACUUCUAUAAGAUGUUACCUUAUUCAGCUCAAAUUAGGGACUUUUCAUGACAAUAUGCAGGUUGGCUGUUAUAGUAUGGUAAGAAAGUACACUUAGCUGAUUCAUCAUUGGUUUGUUGCUUCACAGUAAUUUAUGGCAACAUUACAUGUGAAGGUGUUGCAGCAACACUUUUUGAUCCCACCAAGAUACUGCAAGAUGCCAGUCUCUUAGUUGUGAUUUGUUGAAGAAAUGGAAGUACCAUUGUUAACUUAAGAAACUUAAUUUGUGUAAUGUUUUCUCCAAACUGCAAGUUGCAGAACCAGAAGCUACUUAUGUCUGUCUGUACAAGUGUUUCAUGUGAAAAAAGAUGCAAUCUGUAUAAAAUUAAGGGAAAUCAGUUCAGGAUAUCUGUUUUUACAAUUUUCAGGAUCAUAACUUUUUCCAUUGUCUGCUUUAUGCUUGAGGUAGUGUAGGUAAGUAAUUUAUUACUGCUCGUCUCUAGUCUGUGACGGAGUUAGUGUGGCUGUUGACACGCUUGGAACUCACACCACACGAGUAAAAGAGAAAUUUGGGGAAAAUAUUAGUUCUUAAUUCCUUUGUUAGUCAUUAUAAACUUCACAUGUUGAUUAACUGCAUUCUUCCAUUUUAUAUGCAUAUCAGCAAUGUUUCUGAUGUAAUGGAAAAAUGUACUGCAGUGGGUACAAUGUAUGAGUUUUCAUAUUAACCCUUUCUGAUUUA